AUGUCGAACUCCCAAGAGCAGAGCCUGGACGAAGACGCGAUGUUUCUGCCAGUGACCGAGUCCAGCCCAGACUUCCUCCACUGUGAGAGGGAGCGCCACGCUCUCGAAACACUCAUGCGUGCCGGCCGGGGGGCCUUCUACACCUGUCUCACCAAGGAGCACUUGGGCUUCUUCCUGUCCCCUGAAGAGGUCGACUGGAUAACUGGCCGGGUGCAGGAUCACCAAAUCAGCCAGUCGCAGUUAGAAGAGAAGGAGAGCGCAGAGGACAGCAACUCGGGGGCGCAGGACUUCUCUGUCUGCUAUUUCCCCACUCACUCGGACACCCCCGCCCCCUGCCUGGAGUUGGGCUGGCCCGAGAAACGCUCCUGGAUGGGAAUGGGUCGUGUCACGGUGCACACCAGCCCCCCUGCCGAGGGGCAGCCUCAUAUAAGAGAGAUCAUCAGGAGGCACUUGCAAGGGGCCUGCCAGGUCAUCGCCAUCGUGACUGACUCGUUGACAGACGGCGCAGUAAUUGGCGAUCUACACAGCGCUGCCUCCCGGGGUGUCCCAGUUUACAUCAUUCUGAACCAGAGGUCUAUCCAGGAGAACUUCAAUCCCAACAGGCUCAGGCAUCCGAACAUGCAGGUCCGUGUUCUUGGAGGGAAAACCGUGUGUUCAAGGGAUGGAAGAAAGAUGGUGGGAGAGAUGAAAGACAAGUUCCUCCUAGUGGACCUGGAGACAGUGAUUCAUGGCAGCUAUAGUCUCACGUGGACGGAUGCCCACCUGCACCGACAGCUGAUCACCGUUUUAAACGGCCCGGUGGUCGAGUCAUUUGAUCAGGAGUUUCGGAUCCUUUUUGCGGCCUCGUCCCCCGUCCCGGACACAUGGAGGGCCGCCGUGCCUCCAGCGGACGCGCCUUACCAGCUGAAUGACCCCUCAGACCUCUGUUGGCCCAAACGUCCCACCCUGGAGCCGCUCGCCGCCAGCCCCCCGCCACCUCUGCCUGCUGAAUCCCCACUAGACUGGGAAGCACUGGGGGUCUUCCAUAGAGACAACUAUGACCGAGACGGUCCUGUCGGUCAUCAGGAGAAACUCACGAGUACAGAAAGGCAACUGUUCAGCAACACGCCAUUUGAGAAAAAGACCCUCACCCUGGACAAAUUCUCUCAUAACAGAAAUAGACUUGUGGACGAGGAAAGGAUUGGACACAAAAUACAAAGAGCCUAUUGCAGGCAGGUCUCCGCAGAGAGGACUGCUGAUUCCGAGGACAGGACACUGGUCAGACUGAGCGAGAACAGGAGGCAACCAGACUCAAGGCCCGACACGGCGACCUUGACCUCUACUCAGAAAAGGGAGCGUUCACUGAGAGACAACAUUUUGGAGGAGGGGAUUAUCAGGGACGAGACCGGCGUCAGGGCAGAGGGCCCCUCUUCUAGAAAACCUUUGAUACUGAGGGUGCCGCAGUGUGAGAACUUCAGCUCUUUGAGUGACAUCAUAAGAAGGCUACAAACUCAGCCGAGCUCUUCGGCACAGCAUGAGAGAAGAACUAGAACCACAGUGUCCGAGCUGAGCCGGUCAAUGAUGGACCUGAGCAUACAGAACACGCAUUCAAAUAACGAGGAGAGAGGAGCCCCCGCGCCAAGGCUGCUGGCCAAAUGCUUUGACCCGGGUCACAUGACACCUGCCUUUGCCUUGAUGAGGCAGAGAACGGAUGAGGUUAAGCCUGCAUUAUAUCGCUCCACCACAGCUCUGCUGACCAGCAGCAGUCCGCGGAGUUCCAGUUUUGGACUACAAAUGGACUGGAGGAGACCACAGACAGGCUGGAAUGGUUGGCAUGAAGAACUGGAAUGA